AUGUCACAGCCACAAGAAGAAAAAAAUUCGGAAAACGGCUCAACCACCUUAUCGCAACCGCAACCACCCAUAUAUGACAGACCAAAAUCUGCUGUUCUUGCAACUACUUUAACACCAGAACAAGUUGUAAUAUAUGAGGAAUUUCCGGAAAUAUUGACAAAGAGCAAAGAGGAUUUAGAAGAUCUUCUUAGCAAUGACAUAUUUUUUGAAUCUUUCUUUGAGAGCAUUGAGCAAAUCCAUAACACAAUAGCUGUCCAGAAUGAAAUGCGGAUGGGAAAUGAAACGAUAGCAAAAGAAACUCUGUUGCAAGAAAAUGAGUUAAAUCAACUACGGCAGAGUGUUCAAGAACAAGAAAAUUCACUCCUCGAUCUAAAUUCAACCCUUCAAGAAAAACUCAAUCUUCAGCAAAAUGCUUUACAGCGCUUUUCACCUUCUGUUUUGUCGACAAAACUUAAAGCCGGUGUUCAGCAGUCUGAUGAACUAUCAGAGCAAAUGGCAAACUCAUUUUUGAGUGGUGAAUUGGAAACAGAUCAAUUUAUAAAACAUUUUAGAGAAAUAAGAAAAGUUUUUCAUUUGAGAAAUGCAAAGGUGGAAAUUGUUAAAAAUAAACCCGGAAUCUUGGAUGAGAGUUAUUAA